AUGGAAAAUUCCAGCACCGAGUAUUUUGAUAAGCACUCAUGCUCUGGAUUGAAUUUCGGAGCCAUCUUCUGGCUCCGUAUCCCUAGUAUGAUGCAUGUCAUUGAGUAUCUUGUUGACAAAUACGCCCAUUCAUGGUUCUAUUGCCAUGUGGAGAGAGAAUCGGCCGCCGCUAUCCCGGAGCUUGGUGACGACAUGACACACAGUGACACGGCCGUGGGCCGCGCCGAUACGAAUGGCGCUCGCUCGGCCAGGCUAACCGACACCAACAACGAACGAGACUUGCCGACGACCGAAGAACAAAAAGUACCCAACGACAAAAGACUGAACCUCCGUCAAUGGAUCGUGGAAAAAUUCAAUUGGACAUGGUUUACUUGCAGCCAGUCUACCGGCGGCAUCGGCAUUCUGCUCUCCGAAAGCCCCAAGCAGUUCCACGGGCUGCAGGCCAUUGGCACCGUCGUUUUCAUCUUCAACCUCGUUCUCUUCAGCGUCUUUACAGCCCUCCUAGUCGUACUAUGGGCAUCCAAACCCUUGGCCAUCCGCAGGGGCUUCGUCCAAGCGCCCGAGUGCUUCUUCUUUGGUUCCUUCUGGCUCACCAUUGCCACCAUCAUCAUUUCCAUGGACCGGUUCGGUGCGCCGCACGCGGGCCCCUGGCUCACCGUCGCAAUUCGCGUGUGCUACUGGAUAUACGCGGCGGUGACGCUCGCAUCAGCCACGGCGCACUUUGUCACCGUUUUCGAGUUUACACCGGUCACGGCGGUGCAGAUGAAUCCGGGCUCCAUGAUUCUCGUAGACAACACCAUGCUGACGGGCACAAUCGCCUCGAGCAUCGCAAAAGGCCAGCCUCUGGCGCAGAGGCUUCCCAUUAUUGUGUCUGGCAUUGCGUUUCAAGGAUUUGGCUGGUAA